AUGGCUGUUCUCGGGCCGGUUUUGGACGACCACCUGCAGAAUGUACUUGUAUGCGCCAAAACUGUCCGUGAACUCCGCGAAGAAACUAAAACACUGAGAGCAACAACCUUGAGUUUGGAAGAACUUAUUCGGUCGAUAAAACCGUCCGUCGUACGUUUCCAGAUGCUUUUGCCCAUACUACUAUUAUUAUUACGAUUACAAUCGCAUUAUUAUUAUUAUCAUUAUUAUUAUUGCUUUUAUUACUACGUGUUGUACUUUAUUAGAUAAAAAAAGACCACUGGGGCAUGGAGUCUGUAAGUUUGCUUACGAGAGUUUCGGACUUUUGCGUGAGCUCGUCGUCGGGAAAUUGUGAGAACAGUAAUAUAAGGCCACCAUAGUCGAGGUGGCUGUAGCAUUCAACGGUUGGCGUUACAGGUCACGUUGUCUUUACACCAGGCAGCGCACCCUGACUAGAGAUCCAUAUGCUUAUUGGUCGAUUAAUUAUUAGGGCUUCGGGUCUUGGUCGGCCCAGUUUGUCUUGCACUGCCUGGGCUUUAACGUUUGUGGCUUCGACACUCAUGCAGGUUCAAAGUAAGCCAAGUCGCUGCCCCGGACUCCGCUAGUCAGCUUUUUUACUCAGUCGCCACUUUUUUCUGUGGGAUCUCAUUCAUUUCAUUUUUUAAUUACGUCCACUGGUUUGUUUUUGGCUAUAGCGCUUAUCAGAUUGGUUUGUCUUCUAGGCCCUCACGCGGAUCACUGUGCUGCCUGCCAUGAACAAUUCUGACUACCUGAAGUUAUAAAAUCCUUGUUACAUUUAUAGAUGGGCCAGUCGGUUUUUACUCAUCAUAAUUAGUUGUGGGCAGUUCUUUUCCCUUUAUUACUUCUACACACCGAAACAUCCGAACAGUAAAGCACUGCUAGUGCCACUACUGAUGUUGGUUAGUUAAGGCUGACCAACAUAGCGCAGGACUUAUAACGCCUUUACAGAGCCGAUAUUAUGGAAUUCAUUCAACUAGAAAUUGUCUGUGGACAAGAUGGCUAUGACCAUCUGCGGAGCGUGGUCAACCAUGCUCGUACUAUUGCGCUGGUGCACAAACUUAUCGUUGCAUGGGUCUUGGCUUUCGUAAAAUCGCGUCUUUUGCUCCUUAGAGAAUCUUUUUCUUUGUAUGUCUGAAAGAUCAUUUGCAAAAUAAUCAACACAUAAGGCAAUGAAUGAGUACGUAGCGGAUGUCCCCACUACCACCACCCUUGUAAAUGGGUCAAAACUUUGAGUAAUGGUCGGCAACCUGCCAGUAUUCGAAUUUACAGAACAUUUAUAGCCAUCAUGGCCAGUGCUUAGCUAUAGUUGCUCCUACCUUCAGAACCGUCAUUCUUCCUUUCUUUCCUCCAAAGACCAAGCAUACUUAAUAUUUAUUGGGAAAGCAAGCGACCAACAUCUGUCACGAGAACGAAGCCCCCCUUGCAUGCAGAUGUAGCUGUGAAUAAUAACCGAUAUCACAAAAGGCUUGAUCGCUGGAAUAUUGCUUUUCCUUGCCUCACGUUUUAGACCCCAGCUUAAACCCCCUUCUCGAGCCAUAAGCAGAUAAGACCAGCAACGCUUGGUGUAUACAGCAUUUUGAGAUCCAGCUGCUGCAAAUCCCAUGUCCGCCAGCCAGUGGACCAUAAUUUAAUUGCCGAUCAUCGAACAUUCAUCACUGAUGCCCUUAACAAAUGCUCCUAUAGCUUAACUGGCCAUGUCCGCGUUCUUGAUAGUCAAACCGUAGUCUCCGUUUUUUUUUAGUGUACGUGAUGUUCUGACAACGUUGUUUCUCAGUCUUCCAUCUGUUUUUGUGUAUCCAUCACCCGUCUCUUUGGGUAAUUGCGUGGCCCAGGCAGUCCUAACGCCACUUAAUCUGUGGAGAGAUCGUUGCGCUUGUUGGCUGUGGGCCCGGGAACCAGGACUCUAGUAGCUCCCUACCAGCAUGGCUGUCGUCCUCUGUAUUUCGGCCUCAUCGAUUCGUUUAAUUACUUACUUGAUACGGCUGCGAUCAUGUCUGAUCUAGCCGGCCUCGAUGAUGUCCCGAACUGUACUUCUCUACUCCUGACGACCCGCGGCAACAGAUCUGGACAGCUCAACCCAUUUUCUUCGCCAACGACGGAGACCGAAUACCGAAGGUCCAAGAACCAUCUCCAUGUCUUAAUGAACUGUGUCGAGCCAGGUUUUGAUUUGACCCUCUCUUCGACUCCUCCAAUGGGAUACCGGUGCCGGCUCGAGGGCAGUAACACUGAGCUCCUGAAGUGGACAACGAAGAACAUGCCUAAACCACCUCAGUCGUCUUUCUUGGGUGGCCUGAGUUAUCCUUGCGAUGUUGUCGCAGCGAGCGCGGACUGUCUCAUUUGAGAGGAAGUCGGUGAACUUCACGCGAAGGAUGGUUCUCAAGCAGUGGUGGUCAAAUACCUCCAGUUCUCGCCCGUUCUCCACGCGCAAAGCCCAGCAUUCACAACCGUAGAGAAGGACAGAACGGACAGAUGCAUGGCACACGCGAAUCUUAGUGGCGACGGACAGGUCGCGUAGAAUCCAUAGACAUUUUCGAAGGCUUCAGAAAACCCAGCGGGCAGCACCGAUUCGGGGGGGAAUGUCAUCCUUACUCUGUCCAUUAGGCAGCAGCCCCGCCCCGAGUUAUUUAAAACCGUCUACUUCUUCAAGUUGAUAGCCAUCAAUCCCGAGGUGUGCCUUCUCCUGGUCGGGAAUGCAGCUUGAAAACACUUUGGUCUUCCCAGCGUUUAUGGAUAAACCGACAGAUUUAGCGACCUCGUUCACCCGUGACACCACAGACUGCAGAUCACCAAAACUUGAAGCAAGUAAGGCGAAAUCAUCGGCAUAGUCUAGAUCAGUCAGUCGGUGUCCGGGUGCAAACUCAACGCCGUCACCCUCGUGUAGGGCCCUCCCGAUAAUCCAGUCAAUAGCGUGGUUGAACAGAAUGGGCGACAGGAUACAACCCUGUCGAACGCCAGACCGAAUACUGAACGGUUGGGUAAGAUUGUUGCGGACCAGGACAUCGGGUCGCUUAAAAACCGUUACUCCGGAAAGCGACAGACAUCGCGUUAUGGAAGCACUACUGAUGUGCUUGCACGGUUAUGCGGUAGGUCGUGAAUACUAUACGCCAGUCACGUCUCUCUUACUCACCUUCUCAAGUGAUACCGUCAUAUGCUGUGCUGAGCUUGGGACGAAAAUGUCCGCAUCUAAUCCCGCAUAAACCCUUAUUCUGGUCGAUACCUACGCCGGGGUGACUCUACGAGUAGUCGUGCAGCCUGUGGCUUUUCAGUCUGGCGUGCCAUUUCACCUUGUUCCACCCAAGUUUUAUCUCUGUGUGAUUGUUCGUUUUUCCUUCUGAUCAAUCCUUUCGUUGAAAUUGACCUUACAAAACAGUAGUCUUUUUUUCAUGCGUGUAUCAGUUGGAUCACACAUCCUUAGGAACGAUACAAACAUGGAAUUGCCUCCACCAGUAAUGGACUAUUUCGAUUAAAAUUUUUAAUUCUGUAAUGCGGAGUUCACAGCUGAUUCUGUACUACCCUUUUCUCUAUCAAAGGGAUUAAGACCUGUUUCGAUUGUCCGCCCCUGCCAGCUUUCGCCCCCAAAUCCUGUUUUCAGCUCCAAAGGUGUGGAUCCUGUCCAACACAAUGGUAAGCCGCUGUUUUGUUUCUAGUUGUUCAAUCUCUUACGGGUUCCCACUUUCGUAAUUUUGCCACUGUUUAUGCCACGCGAUAAUUUUACAAAUGCGCAGCAGCCAAGCUAAACCAUUGUGUCCCAUUUCGGAUGAUUAUUUGAAUUCAUUUUGAGUGCCCUACCGUGCUUCUGUCUGUGACCCCAUGAAAAUAAGGUAAAAAGUGGGCUCUCAGUAGCGCAGUAUGUUCCUCGACUUCCUCUGCGUUUUAAUUUUCGUAGAAAAUUCGAUGAUUUCACGCGUUUUCGCGUAUAGGUUUUCUCUCAAUUGUACUUCGCGCUUAUUCCUUAUUCUCUGUUGGUUCGACAUUUCGUCUAAAUAAACACUACGUCUUUAAGUAUAGGUUUGGUUUUUCAAAAGGACACUGAAAAUUAUCAUUGUCGGGGUUUGUUUUUCAAAGAAGUGAUGCUUUAUGUGAUUAGUGGAGCUGGUGUGCCCUCACUUGUCUAACUGGAUUUUAACAGUAGCAUUGUCGUUUUGUCGCCCUGAGCUAACCUUUUUCAGACGUUUUUUCUCAUGCCAUAUACUCUCCUUAACCGCGUAGUAGUAAUGUCAUUCACAUGUAGACAGUUGGUGUGGAAAAUGACACUUUUUUACACAUUUGUAAUUACUUUUCGGUCAUUUACGUCUCAACCAGGUACAGUUACGGCCCCUUCUGGACGUCCGUUGAACAUCAGCCGAAGUGCGCCUGCCCUUGCGGCUCUUGACGCAGGAAAGGUUUUGAGACCACUUUCGCGGAAUUACCCACUGCCCGCUGUUCCCCUGCCGGCCUGGUCCCCUCCUGACACGCCCCUCGAUGCCGAAGGCCGCCCCUUGGCCCUUGACGUCCAGCCCGCCCUGCAUUUGGUCACUUCUCCGACUACCGAAGGUAACCUUAGGGCCAUUUAUCAACUUCUUGUUUCAGUUGGUUCCGUUUCCCUGUUGGUGUCACAUAUACGGCGACUUUUUCAUUAAGUGUCAAAUAGGAGCAUAACAUCCUGUCAUGGCCCUUGGUAUUACUUCUAUCAUAUAUGCAGCGCUUUUCUGGCUAUUUACAUCCCUAUUCUUUCCGUGUAAAAUGCACAUUAUCUGCGUCAGGAAGAAAGGUUCCUGAUAGUCGCAUAUCCCGCCGACUAUCCGAUGGUUAGUGAGUGCUAGCUGCGAUAUAAACGGGCGAGCCGCCAUUAAAUAACUUUGUUUGUCGUCGGUUCUUGGCGUGCAACUUCUUCAACCAGAGCACUAGGGGGGAUAACCUCAGAAUAGCAAUCCAAGGGGAUGUUGGCGACCUGCCUGUACUGAAAAUCUUCAAGAAACGUCACGAACAAUAUCCGAUCCAGGUAUUGCGGUUCAUGCUACGGCGUCCGCGGGAACCGACGCACUCCGCAACCCUGGCCCACUGGUGACGGCAACCAGUAUGGACCACUCAAUCGAAAACGGACUCGUAGUAGUAGUAGAUGCCGGAAUGUGUGAACGUUCCUGGACUUUAGUAACCAGAGUCUCACAGUGCACAGUUCUCAUCAGUACAAGAUGGAGGUCAACUGCCCGUCCUAAGUCCCGACUAUGGCGCUGGAGAAGUCCAGAUCCCAGUGGUCAGUUCCAACUUCACACUACACCCUAGUGAAUUCUGAUAGACACGGUGUGGCGAUCGCUCAUGCAACAAGCGAAGCAUGUACUACUUUCGCGGAGAUCAGUCGAUAGCCAACUGACUUACUUACGACUGGACGGUCGCUUCACGAACAUGUCUGCGUUUGCGCAUCAACAUCGGCCCGGCCGGCGCAAUAAAGAACUCGCCUGCUUGCAGCUACAGGGAUUUGUUGAAAGCCUCCCGCACUGUGCUUUGCUGAUUGUUGUCGGGGACCGGAAUGACCGGAGCGGACGCGAUGACGCUUCAGACAGGCACUCCAUUGACCGCUUUAGGUUUGGCUCUCGAUGCGACAAUGGUGAAGGCUUUAUUUUGCCGCUCAGAACGGUCUACUUGUCACCAACGCAUGCUUCAAGCAUCGCCAUGCCUACCAUUCAAACUAUGACCGUACGGCCGGCCAGAAUGACUGCAUUCUAGUCGGUCCAGCGUUUGACAAGGUUGUAUUCUGUCGCCCACUUCGUUCAACUUGGUCAUUGACUGGAUUAUCGGGAGGGCCUUCCACCGUUUUGACGGUGCUGCCUUUGCACCCGGAGGCCGACUGACUGAUUUCGACCACGCUAUUUCCCUGCUACUCCCAAGCUCUGAUGAUCCACCGAAUGUGGUAUCGCGUGUGGAUAAGGUCGCCAAAUCGCCCUCGUCUCUUAGAAGAGAGGUUAGACCAAACUGCUUUCGAACCGUAUCCCUGACCAGGCGAAACCAUCUCUCAGGCCUACCAACCCGGAGAAGUGGACAGUUUAAAGUACCACGGAGCGAGGCUGUUGUCGCUGCGCGUUAACAUCGCGAUGCUACGUCAGGUUAGUUCAGAACACGGCUGAGGUAGUUUUGGGAUCCUCCUUCGUCGUCCGCCUCAUAAAUCUAGUGUCGCUGCCCUCUCUCCGGCACCGUUGCCCCCUUGGUUCGGUACAGUUCGCCAAAAGGUGGGAAUGGUUCCUGCACCUUCGCUAGAGGAUAAGAAUGGGUCGAACUCUCCAGAUCUGCUGCCGCAGAUCGUCGCACGUGAGCAGAUGCAAUUCGCGAUAUCGUCGAAGCCGGCUACAUCAGACAUGAUCACAGCUGCACCACGUACAAGUGUGAGCAAAUCAUUUUGUGACAUUCAAGCUGUGGUAUAAGCCACAACCAGGCUGGUUGCGGCUGUAUUAGAUGCGCUGAACUUAAUCUUUUUGACUGCUAAUCUCACUUAAGAUUCCUCAUACUUCCGGCAUAAUUGGAGUUAAAAAAAUAAGUUCGACCAUCACUUCUGCCCUCAUAAGUCCCGCCCACUGCCUUUACCUAUCUUCAGAGUCCUUUAAAAAUCCUGUGGUACCUUUGAAUUACAUGAUAAACUUCAGCACACUAAGGUUGGUUAAAAACGAUAAUUAACAAUUAAACUGCUUUGCGAUAUUCUCCCCGUUGUUUUUUUCCGUCAGCAAAAGUAGCAAUCCUGAAAACUCUUGUGAUUACACCCUGCGGUUGUUUACACCCAGUUCUUGCCAAAGGGUGCUGUUUGCUUAGUUAAUUCGAAACAUUCUUAGGACUGGGUAACUUCGGCCUGGUAGGUGGUUGCCUGUUCGUCACCCCUAUCACCCAUACGAAGCUUGUUUGCUUCGAGAAGCCAAUGGAUCGGUGUGCACCCAUUCCUGAGUAACUCUGAUUCAUUCUCCCUCCCUCCUAGGAGUCUGUCUUAGGUGGGAAAUCGAUGGAUCUAAUGGAAAGUUUGAACCAGCCGUUACCUACGAAUUAUUCAACUACACAUCCUCGGAUCUGAAAGGCAGGUCUGCAUCCACUGACGUCUGGAAGAAGGUGAGAUGAGUGCUUUCAGCUCCUUCACCUAACUCUCCCCCCUCUCCACCUGCAUACUCAGACAUUUCCAGUUACUUUGGUGCCUGCACGCCUGCGUUACCUUUUCCUCUCCUUUGAUAGUUUUAAAUAGUAAUAUACACGUUAACUUGGCUUGUCCUUAUUCCAGCACAAAGGUUAGAUAAAAGUCCAAACAUGUGUUUCCCUGUUUUUUUCCUCACUGCAGGGGGCAGCUGCGAGAUGUUUCGGAUAAAUAAGCUCUCUGGUUUUCUUUUUGAUCUUUACUAAAGCGGGCUCUGCAUGCGAUAUCAACUUCGAGUUAUUGUCUACUUUUAAUUUUAUAGUAAACUGUUAAUUUCAUAUAAUCGUAGAUCUCGGACAUCGGCGCCCUGCCACUGCCAAUGACCUGCACCCUCAGUAGCCUCUUUUCGAAUGUGGUCUACUACUUUGCAAUGCGCUCAGUUGACCGGUUCUCCAGAUUCAGCGAUUGGUCCAACGUUGUUAACGCUUUUAUUCGAUAA